AUGGCCGACACGGAGCAGGAGCAGCAGAUUACCUUCAACGUCAAGUCCUCGGCGGAUGCGAAAUAUGUCAUCACCAUCUCAACCUCAACCAGCGUGGCAGACCUGAAGCAGAAGCUAUCAACCGAAGAAUAUGCAAAUCUCCCACCCGAAAGACAGCGGCUGAUCUACUCUGGCCGCGUGCUGAAGGAUCAGGAUACUGUCGGCUCAUGCAAGAUCAAGGAUGGCAACACGGUACAUCUUGUACGGGGGGCAGAGAGCAAUAGCCGGCAGAAUCCAGCCAACCAAGGCGGCAGCACAGCAGUUCCACCUGGCGCUGGCCAACCAGCAAGCAAUGUGCCCUCCAACAUCGCAGCUGGCACCGGCGCUUCCAACCCACUCGCACAGCUGACAGGCGCUCGGUAUGCUGGAUUCCACGGCCUACCCGGCAUGGAUGCAUUCGGCGCAGACGGCGGGAUGGGCGCACCACCCAACCCAGAUCAGAUGCUGCGUCUACUGGAAGACCCAAACUUCGCCUCCCAAAUGAACGAAGCCAUGAACAACCCCGCCGUCAUCGACAUGCUCCGCCAGAAUCCCAUGAUAAGAGACAACCCCAUGGCACGGCAAGCCAUCGAGAACCCGGAGUUCAGGCGGAUGAUGAUGAACCCAGACAUGAUUCGCAUGCAGAUGCAGAUGCAGAGAGCGAUGGGCGGGGAUGGUGCAGGUGGCGGACAGAGUGCAUUCCCAAUGCCAGGGCAGACAGACACGACGCCUUCAGCAGAGGGUGCAGCGACGGGUGAUGGAACAAGUCCAACGCCAGGCCAGACCAACACGACAGGAGCUCCAACCACCGGCGGCGGAGCAGCCAACCCCUUCGCAGCACUCUUUCCUGGCGCGGGCGGAGCAGGCGCAGGUGCAAACCAAAACCAAGCGAACCCCUUCGACAACCUCUUCGGUGGCCAGGCACAAAACCAAGACGGCUCUGGCCAAAACUCCAAUCCUCUCGCACAAAUGACACAACAAAUGAUGCAGAACCCAGAAAUGAUGCAAUCAAUGAUGAACAUGAUGGGCGGCGGCGGUAUGGGCGGCGGUAUGGGCGGCAACAACCCCUCCAACCCCUCCGGCAACACCGAAGGCACCAACCCCCAACAACCAAACCCCUUCGGCGGCUUCAACCCCGCCGCCUUCGCGAACAUGUUUGGCGGAAUGGGCGGCGAGGGCAGUGGUUUCGGCGGUGGUGGACAGCAACCGCAGCAACCGCCUGAUAACCGGCCCCCGGAGGAGAGGUAUGAGGAGCAGUUGCGGCAGUUGAAUGACAUGGGGUUCUAUGAAUUUGAGCGGAAUGUUUCGGCGUUGAGACGGAGUGGGGGAAGCGUGCAGGGGGCGGUGGAGUAUUUAUUGGGGGGAGGGGUGUGA